AUGAAACUUGAUUGGUGGACAUUAAAUUUACACAGCAUUGGACAUUUUAUAAUUGGUUUAUUAUUAAUUAUAUCAAUUCCUAUUUCAAUAGUAAUACUUUACUAUUUAAUAUUACUUGGACAAAAAAUUUAUAUUUUCAAAAUUAUAUCAAUUAUUUUAAAUACAGUAUAUGAAAUUGGAACAUUUAUAUUAAGAAAAAGUGGAAAUAUACUUUUAAGUAUAGGAAAAAGUAUAAGAAAGCAUUCAAAUCAAGUUCCAAGCAAUGCAGCUAUUAUUGAAGAAUUGAGAAAAAUUGAAAAUGACAUAACUGAUUAUGCUUAUAAAUUAAGCAAAGAAAGAAUUAAUUUACAAAAAAAAUAUGGUAAUGUAAGAGAUAAUGUUGUAGAUAUUGGAAUUGAUGAAAAUAGUGAUAAUGAAGAAAUUUUUAAUCCUGAUGAUGAGGAAGAAACCUGUAGUAGAAUAUUGAAAUCAUUAACAAGCUGUUCUAAAUGGUAUAAAUUUAAAGAAGAAAAUAUAAUUAUAUUAAUGCUUGUUAGAUGGAAAAAGUUUGAAAAAAUAGAAGAGGAAGCAAUGAAUAUUUCAUUAUUUUCUUCUGUAAUACUAUUUCAAAUGAACUCAUCAUAUAAACUAACAACUUUUACAUAUUCAAAUAAUAUGAAACUUGAAAAUACUAUAAGAAAUUUACAUCAAUUUAUUUUACUAAAAUUAUUCGAAAUUUUAAAAAGAAAACGUAAUUUGGAAUGA